UUACAUGUUCUUUAGUAAUGUGAAAUUGAAUGUGAAAUUGAAUUUUUUUAGUUUUCGAUUGCUACUGAUUACUACAGAACUCUGAAUGUUUUACUAAGACAUUAAUGUUCUGCUUAUUAUUAUGGUUUAGAACAUGAACUCUGAUUGCUACUGAACUGUUACUUGUGUUUAAAUAAUUGUAUUGAGUGUGAGAGACGAAUUCCAAUUGAAAGCCUCGGUUUUAAAUAAUUGUCUUAAACAAUAGUAGAAUAUGAAAGCCUGAUAACUAGUCAAAUUGUUUUAGAGUUACUAUAUGUAAUUAAGAAAAGUUAACUUACUUCCUUUGCCAAUUUUAAUCAUGUAUGGCAAUGACUUUGAGAGGAGGACGUAAUCAAUAAUCCUAAAUAGUAGAGGUGGAAAAGAUGGAAAAUGUAAGCUUAUUUGAUUCAAAAAAAUGUCUGGCUCCGCCAUGCUCCGACAGUCACCUUGCCUGCUCACUCACUCCCAUGGUUUGAAAUCGAGCAGCGAAGACAACACAUUCCAAACCCAUAACUUAUUUCUUUCCCUCACUCUCGUCAUACAAUGAAUAGGGUUAUAAAGAAGACUGUUUCAAAUGUCUUUGCACUCAAAAUUCCAAGGAAGUGUUUUUGUUCUCAGGCUGUUAAAGUUGAUGCUUCCACUAAUUUACUACCUUCCAAUGAGCAUGAGAAGAAGCCAAUUAUUAGCCAAAUUAUUCCAGAAUAUGAUGUUGCUAUUGUUGGAGGAGGCAUGGUUGGCAUGGCUUUAGCUUGUUUCUUAGCUUGUAUGCCAAUGACAAAGCAGUUGAGCGUGGCAAUUAUUGACAGCAAUCCUGCUCUGAGUAGUGGCUUGUGUAUCAAAAAGGAAGACCCCCCUGAUCCUAGAGUCAGUACAGUAACUCCUGCUUCUAUAUCAUUUCUCCAAGAGGCUGGUGCUUGGAAAUAUGUUGAACAGAACAGACAUGCUUAUUUUAAAAAGAUGCAGGUCUGGGAUUAUACUGGUUUUGGGUAUGCUAGAUACGAUGCAGGAGAUGUAAAUAAAGACUUUCUAGGGUGUGUAGCAGAGAAUAAAGUUCUUCAUAGUUCCUUAUUGUCAUGCAUAAAGGAGCAUGAGAAGAAGCCAAUUAUCACAACCUUGUACAACAAUCUCCAAACACCUCGGAACCCACAUUCCCCUCAUCGUUUCCUCAAAAUCCUCGAAACUCAUCAUCAACGAUUCCUUCACUCACACCAUGAUUCACCAUCACAAGCUUCGUUCAUCCAAAACCUUCUCAAAUUCCGCAGAGACAAACCCACAGAACAAAUCGAACGAGCUCUUAACCUCACUGGAAUUCACCCCGACAACAACCUUGUCCUCCAAGUUUUGCAACGGCAUCGUUCCGAUUGGAAACCAGCGUUUAUAUUCUUCAAAUGGGUCUCCAAAACCAACAACUACACACCCAGUUGCGAAGUGUACAACGAGAUUAUCAACAUUCUCGGUAAAAUGAAGUGUUUCGAAGAGUUACACCAAGUGCUUGAUGAAAUGUCGCAAAGAAAAGAAUUUAUUAAUGAAGAAACAUUUUGCAUUUUAAUUCGUAGGUUUGUGGCUGCACAUAAACUGGAGGAAGCUAUUAACAUUUUCUACAGAAGGGAAGAGUUUGGAUUGGAUAAUGAGCUUGAUUCGGAAGCUUUUCGGACUCUUUUGAUGUGGAUGUGUAGAUACAAGCAUAUCGAAGAAGCUGAAACUUUGUUUCAUAGGAAUUUGAAUAAGUUUGGGUUUUGUCGUGAUAUAAAGACGUGGAACGUGAUUCUUAAUGGUUGGUGUGUUUUAGGGAAUACACAUGAAGCGAAGAGGUUGUGGAAAGAUAUAAUUGCGUAUAAAUGUAAGCCUGAUAUUUUCACAUAUGCAACUUUUAUUAAGGCGAUGACUAAGAAAGGGAAAUUGGGAACUGCUUUGAAGUUGUUCAAUGGGAUGUGGAAAGAGGAGAGUUGUAAACCUGAUGUUGUGAUAUGCAAUUGUUUGAUUGAUGGUCUUUGUUUCAAGAAGAGGAUUCCUCAGGCAUUGCAGGUUUUUCAUGAUAUGAAGGAACGAGAUUGUUUACCGAAUGUAGCUACUUAUAACUCAUUGAUUAAGCAUCUUUGUAAGAUAAGGCGAAUGGAGAAGGUUUAUGAAUUGGUAGAGGAUAUGGAGAGGAGGAGCGGGGAUUGUUUGCCUAAUGGUGUUACUUAUAGUUACUUGCUACAGUCGUUGAAGGCACCGGAAGAAGUUCCCGCAGUUUUGGAGAGGAUGGAGAGAAAUGGAUGUGCAAUGAGCGAUGAUAUCUGCAAUUUGGUCUUGAGAUUGUAUAUGAAAUGGGAUGAUCUUGAUGGAUUGAGAAAAACAUGGGAUGAAAUGGAGAGGAAUGGAUUGGGACCGGACAGACGUUCGUAUACCAUUAUGAUUCAUGGACACUAUGAAAAUGGGAGGACAAAGGAUGCUAUGCGUUACUUCCGGGAGAUGACAUCUAAAGGGAUAGUUCUGGAGCCAAGAACUGAGAAACUAGUGAUUUCCAUGAACGGUCAGUUGAAGGAGAGAACAGAAAAACAAGAAGGAGUUGAAAUAGAGGCAUCUAAUGUUUGAGGAUUCUGAUUUCAAGACAACAUUCUAUCCGUCGAGGUUAACUUCAAUGACUUUAAAUACAAACUCUAUGUCCGUAGUGGAGGAGAAUACGCCAUCCAAAGAACCUUCACCUGCUCAAGGGCAUGCUUCAAAGCUGGA